AUGGGGAGAGGAUAUACGUGCGUUGAGGAGUUCGCAAACGGCGACCAUAACUCAGGGGCAGCCGGGGAGGCUGGGGCUCCGGCGACGGUCCAUCACGGCACUCCCGGCGGGCCGGGCGGCUGCCGGAGCGAGAGACUUAUGGCUGCAGCCGAAGGGCAGAGCGUGUUAUCAUUGAGGUGGGCCUCGUCGGGUCCUCUGACGACGGCGGAGCGGUGGGGGGAGGGGGGGGGGGGGGGUGGCGCGACACAACAGUCUGCGGCUGCCGAAAUCAGUCGGAGCCGGAGGUCGCGAGGGAAGACCGUAGCGGGUGGGGUGAUUGACCGCGGCCGGCUAAUUGCGACCACCCCGCCGCCGCACCCCUCCGCCGCCCCCCGCCCGCCGCCCGCCGGGGUCACGCGGACCUUCGCUGACGUCGCGCCGCCACUCGGCCACGCCGCAACCCGUGCCCGAGCGCUGCUGGGCCCAAGGAGUGCAGGCCGACGUCCCCACCUGGCGCGCCCACUCAACGCUCCCGAGUCGAGCCUAAGGUCAAUGCUUAUAAACAGUAUCCUCACUUCACCGAAGGACACAUCAGACGUCGCGUUACCAGUGCCGCCAAUCUUUUCCAUGUCCCAAGAGAUUCAACGGUCAUGGGAGGGCUACUUGUUGUUGUGGCGGGAGCGGAUUGGCGGCGGUGCGCAGCGGCGCUGGCGUGCGUGCGCGUGCCAAAGUUCACGUCGCUCCCAGGCGCCGGUGGAGGCGGACGCGGACGCGGAGGCGGACGCGCACGCGGAGGCGGACGCGCACGCGGAGGCGGACGCGGCGGAGGGUGCCGGACGGAAUCGUCGUUUGGACUCGGAGAACGAGCAGGGAGCCGAGCACAGUGCACAGAGGGCCGGGGCCGGGGCGGGUGCGCGUGGGCAGCCGCUACUGACCGUGGGCGAGGCGGGCGGGCGGCCAGGCGGGCGGGUCGCGCAGGCGCAGCGAGCAGUCGAGCGGCUGGUCGCGCGGGUCGCGCAGCGCCAGCGCGGGCAUGGCGCGGCCGCGGCCAACGGAGCUGGGGCGCGCCGUCUCGACGAGCGCGCGACGUCCGCCCGGGAAGCGCGCGAGCGAGGCACUGCCGCGCGGCCCGCGCUUUUUUCACCGGCCUUUUUUUGGCCGCGGCGGCGCGGGGCCGGCCUCGCGCGGCCAAUCGCUGCCGGCCGCCCACCGCCGCCCGCCCCCGCCCCCGCCGCCGCCGCUGCCACCGGGACCCCCUCCCCCACGCCACCCGCUCCUAUUUACGUGCCGUAUAUUAAAAGGGUUUUCCGCGGCCCGUUAUGGAUUUUCCCGGCGCUUUACAUACGACCGCUGGCUCGAGCGCCGACUGAAAUUCAGCAGACCGUACGACCCCCCCCCCCCCGGGGUCGGAACAUUCCACCAGAACGCUUCAGGAAAAAUUCUGUUUCGAUUGAUACCAUUGCCAUCAGUAAACUAUCUCUAUCAGUAAAGCCAAAUAUU